CUGAACUAAAAACCCCAGCAGCUCUUUCCUGCUAAAUUUUGUUGGAGAUAAACUACAUUUAGAUGCAUCAAGGAUUCUAACUAAAUUAUAUCCCGAUAGAAAAACUGUACUUUAGGGGGGAAAUACCGAAUAUCAAUGCAUAAAUAGCCUGCUUGAUUAUAAUAAGCAUUUGCAGACUCUAUCUGGAGUGUAUACCGUGUACAGCGCAUACCAAUCGAAGGUAAGCGGAUCUAUCUGAAAGCCUUGGGCUCGAGUGGAAGAGGAACCCGGGGUAUUGUGGAAGACAAGGCCGUCGUUGCAGCUACCCGAGGCCGGGGGAUUACAAGCUGAUGUUCUCAAGGACAAGAGUCACGUGAUGUAUGAAGGCAAACACAUACACUUCUCGGAGGUGGACAACAAGCCGUUGUGCUCAUAUAGCCCCAAGCUGUGCAAGCAGCGCAGACUCAACGGCUAUGCCUUCUGUAUCCGCCACGUCCUGGAGGACAAGACAGCCCCCUUCAAGCAAUGUGAAUAUGUGGCCAAGUACAACAGCCAGCGAUGCACCAAUCCCAUCCCCAAGUCUGAGGACCGCAGAUACUGUAACAGCCACCUGCAGGUACUCGGCUUCAUCCCGAAGAAGGAGAGGAAGAAGAAGCACGAUGCUCUGGAGGAGAUCCGAUCGCGGCCUCACCUGGAGUCUGUGGCCCUCAACAUCACGGUGCCCUCGCUGGCCCUGAAGACGCCCAACGGGCUGGACGAGCCGCUGCCCUCCCCUCCCCACGCCGGCCUGCUGGCCCUCUCAGAGGUGGAGCUGCUGGACCCCUUUGCCUUCCAAGAGGACGAGGUAGACGGGGAGGAGGGCGUGCCGAGAAAGGGCUCCGCGGUCAGGAAGAAGCUGCAGAGUCGGCUGGUGCUCAACCAGAGGCUGCGGCUAUGCGAAGCCGACGCCCUCAAGGCCUCGCCAGAGCACUUUAGCCCGCCUCCUGUCCCCAGCCAGCACCCCUCCUCCUCCUCCCCCACGCGCUCGCACCUCCCACCUCAGCCGCCAGUAAUCCUCCCACAGACGCAGCACUCCUACCUGACCCCCUCCUGCCUCCCAGGACUUCAGCAGGGAUCCUUAUGCAAGCCAGCACCACCUCAGCCCGGCGUCCCGCCGCCCCAAGGACUGCCCCCCAGGACAACUCACAGCCCGGUCCAGAGCGCCGGUGUUCCCCUCAGCAGGAAAGCCCCGCCCACGGCUCCGCCCCGCUCCGCCGGCGCCGGGGACAGCGUGCGGCGGCACUCGGUGACCAUGCGCGCGGCCACCUUCGCGCCGCCCCCGGCCUGCUUGGCGCGGCUGCAGCAUCUGGUGCAGCUCUGCUCGAAGCGACAGGAGCAACACGGAGAGCUCUUCCCUCAUCUAGGUUUGGACUGGUCUGAAGACAGUGCAGAAGAUGAAGAGGAUGUUGAGGGAAUCCCACCAUAUCAGUAUGGGUGGAGACUGCAGGAGAGAUACUCGCAGGACAACUCAGACGAGGAGGCAGACUCCUCGCGCAGCACCAGGCUGGCGCGGCUGUGCACUUACCUGCAGCAGAAAUACAAGCACCUGUGCCGGCAAGAGAGGGCAGCGAUGCACCACAAGAGAUACCGCUAUGCCUUUCGCAAAGCCCUGCUGCACGCGGCCAGCAAGGACCCUGACAGCGCUGGCCAGCUGAUCCAGGAGCUGCACAGAGCCUCUCAGACAGCCUCCAGAGCACAGCCAGCAGUGCUGCCGGACACGGAGCCGGGACUGUGCACAGGACACACAAAAGGCCAGGCCUGCAACAGGCGUGCACUGCCCUUCACCCGACAUUGCUUCCAGCACAUCCUGCUGAACCGCUCCCAGCAGCUCUUCACCAGCUGCACAGCCAAGUUCGCCGACGGCCAGCAGUGCUCCAUCCCCGUGUUCGACAUCACACAUCAGACACCCCUCUGUGAGGAGCAUGCCAAAAAGAUGGAUAAUUUCCUCCGUGGGGACAGUAACCGCAGGGUGCAGCACCAGCAGCAGCGCAAGCCGCGGAAAAAGACCAAACCCCCCGCGCUCACCAAGAAACACAAGAAGAAGCGGAGGAGAGGACCGCGGCGACCGCAGAAACCCAUCCCCCCCGCGCUGCCCCAGGGGAACCUGGGAAUGCCCUCUAGCCUAUCACUGCCCACACAGGCAGCCAGCAUCAGGAGUCCUUCUACCCCAGACCUGAGUACAGAUGAGCUUCCUGAUGACAUCACCAAUGACAUCACAGACAUUCCAAAUGACCUGGAGCUGAACCAGGAGGAUUUCUCGGACGUGUUGCCCAGGCUUCCAGACGACCUCCAGGAUUUUGAUCUGUUUGAAGGUAAGAACGGGGAGCUGCUGCCCACCACAGAGGAGGCGGAGGAGCUGGUGCGCGCCCUGCAGGCCAUGGGCUCCUACCCGGAGUCUCUGGUGUGCCUGAGCUCCAUCGGGGAGCUGGCACAGUCCGACGGGGUGGACCACCGCGCCAUGGCCGUGUUCUCCGGCUCCGGGGUUCAGGGCGGGGCCAUGGGAGACCUGCUGAACGGGCGCAUCCCCGCCGAGAACUUCUCCAGCCUGGAGCUGGACGACAACCUGCUGCACAGCGCAGGAGGGCACUUCCCCUCGGCGCCGUCGCCCCAGCCCCCCGCCGUGGCCCCCACUGCCUCCUCCAACAGCCUGCUCGCUCAGAGCCCGCUCACAGAGCCGGCGUUUUCGCGGACCCACCCCUCCCACCUCUUAGCCAAGCCGGAGGCGCCCCACUCCUCGCCUCACGGCAGCCACUACAGCAGCGAACACGUGCCAUCGCCCUACAGCGACCACAUAUCCUCGCCCCACCCCACCUCCUUCCAGACAGACUCCCCCCUCCUGCUGGAGGUACCCCUCAGCGGGGUCCCGGGUCCCCCGCGCUCCCCUUGGAAUAACCUUCCCCUCCCCCUGACGGACCCCGCGCAGUUCGGCAACCUCAUGGGCCCGGAGGGCCACUUGCUCUCCACCUCUCUGUCCACACCCCCCUCCGCCACGCACUCGUUGACCCUCCAGCCCACGGCGGCCCUGUCGGCGCUGCCCCCGAGCGGGCUGACGGGCCUGACCGCGCCCCCGGCCUCCACCUCCUCCCCGUCCUCCUCUCCACACGACCUCCUGACCUCCAGCCAGCCCAAGCAGCAGCUCCCCCAGUUCAGCGCUGCCUUCGGCCACCAGCUGGCCUCGCACAGCGGCAUCCCCAAGGAUGUCCAGCCCAGCCACAGCUCCACGGCGCCCCCCACUGGCUUCUCCAUCGCCGGUGCCACCGCUGCCAGUGCCAACAGUGCAAUGCCCCCUUUCAGCACGCAGUAACCGCGGGGAGCCCCGCCGUGGCGUGGGCCAUGGGGCGAGCAGCGCCGGCGGCGGAGUCACGCCAGGAAGCUGCUUCAGCCCGCGCCCUCUGUGAUCAGGUUUUGCACAGCUGAAGUAGUUCUGCACUGCAAUUUAACGAAUGAUAGCUUCUGCCAUCUGUCAGGGUACAGGUGAAGCCCGGCCUCCUAGCUGUCCACAGGUCUCAUUUAUACAUAGGUGGUGGGCAUCAAGCAUGUGUAGUCGAGUGUGUGUGUGUCAGAAUGCAGAGGGGAGGGAUCGAAGAACAAAGUAGGGCCUCCUCCGGGGGGGGAAGGGUUAUUCCUAUCAAAGCGACAGGAUCAGUGCUACGUCGUUCAGUGAAAAAGGCCUCAGCACCAUUCGCUGCGUUUCCAGCUCCUGUCUGUCUCAAAGCCGUCGCCGUGUCUCGCUGCAUCCGUGUAACGAUUUUGUGUGUCCCUCGUACGCAGUUUCAUUCGCCAUUGAAACAGACAUCAGUGUGAACCUCGACGUGUCUCUGUGGCCCAAUUAUGACUCUGCAGGUGCUGUUGCACCCCGAUACCUUAUCAUGGAAGAGGGUAGCUGCCUCCGAGAUGAAAUGAACACGGAGACUUUGCCAAACCACUUUUAAAACGACUGUUUUAUAUUGUAACUAUUUAAUAUUUUAUCGAUUGAAUCAAAUUCUCAAAGAUGAUGGUGCGUAUCUGACAGCAACUGCGGACUCCUUGUGGGCUGCACAUUAGACACUCGCAGGUGAAUCUGGUUACUCUAAGCAAUAAACUGUCACUGGCAUAUUCUCUGGGCAUAGUAUUUUAACAUAUAGUAUUGAUCUCUACUUUUGUGUAUUUUUUAUUCCAUUUGACAUUUUAAAGUGGACAAGAAAUGCACUGGACCUGUAACUUAAAAGAAAAUCAUUUCAAAUCUAGACUUCUCUAUUGGAUUGAAGAGUGGUUUCAGACUGUUAAAGUAGACACAUACACCUUGUUAGGUCAGGGAAAUUGUCCUGGGUUGAAAACAUGAGCAGCUUGCGAUACUUCUAAGGAGUGCCUAAAGAGGUUAACAUGAAGCCCCUCAGUGAGAAUAGCCAAAUGCAGGGGGUUCAAAAGUGUCCAAUCUUCUCAGUGGUGCUCUCUGGUCUCUGCACAUAUAGUGGCCUUUAAGGGGACAUACAGAGAAAGUGGCAUGGGUGUCUAAGCAGUGAUAGCUGAAUUCCUUUCACUUCAUUAAUCUCAGAAUGUCAGAUUUGUCCAAAACGAACUCUCUCUUAUUAUGGUGUCAGUAAAAGUCAAGGAUAGGGCAGAAAACAGUCAGUAUGAAAGGGUAAGCA